AUCUCAUCAGCCCUCAGCUCACUGCGCGAGUUCGUAGCCCCAUCUGGGGAAUGAUCUCACGACGUAGAGCUUUACAGAAUGUCAUUUCUGAGUGCAUUCUUCAUGUUCGGCGGCUGGCUUGAAGCGCAUUUGUCUGACAUCGCGUACGGACCGGCGAAAGGUACGAACAAUGUUUGGCCUGUCGGCUUUGUACUUAUAGGCACGCCAGUGAUACUAAAUCAGCCACUGGAGGCGCGGCGACAUCCAACAUCGAGGAGGAGAAGACUCUCCCACCUGCGUCCUCAGCCGAGGUGAAAAGAGGGAGAGGGAGACCUCCGAAGGCGACUAUCGUGUCCGGUGAACAGAUCGACGUGCCUAGCACCACCCAGGGGUUCCGCAACUGGUACAACGACAAAGAUCAUCCUCAUUAUGUCAGUUUCUACGACGGUCUGGAUAUCAAAGGGAAGGUGUUGGGAACGAGUGGGUCCACCAUAGAUGUCCGCGCUUUACUCGCGUUCCGUGUCGUCCCCCGGUUGGGUUUGGAGCCAAAGGAUGUGAUUCCCGGCUGGGACAAGGUCAAUGCGACUCCAGAUUGCUCAGAGAUGCUCCUCAAUCUGGUGGCUGCUAGCUCUACAGAUUUGGGCUCAGUCUCGUUGACCAAGCAUACUGAGGGUGUGCAGCCCGAGCUGGUGGCCAUGCUUCGCUUGAUGCAGCUGGACCGGGACGAUCCACAUUAUCUUCUCGACAAUAUCGACGGUGCCACAACGGUUAUGCGCAAACCGAUGUCCGACUUUCUAUCGAACCCCUUCGUGUCCGUUUUUACCGCCCUGCGCGAUCUCCGUACCCGACGCCUGGCUGAAAACUACGAGCACGUUUUGGACGGCGUCUCCUGGGACAAUGGGAAGAGCUUGUCAAAUGAAUCAGAAGAAGAUAAGGGCGAACGCGCCAGUCAGGAGCUGCUCUUCCGGUUGAUGGAUGUCAUCCUCCAGUUCUUUUCGAGACAAAAGCAGGGUGCAGAUUGGCUGCGCAGCACUGGAGCAGAGCUCAAGCUCGGGUCCUCUUUUGCAUGCUCCCCAGGCGACUAUAAGAGAUUUUUGAAACGCAAAGCGGAGGAGGAAGAAAGGGAGCGGAAGCGUAAGGAGAAGGCACGCAGGAACUCAAAUCCUGUCGACAUCACUGCGGAACGGAAUAGGCUGACAGCGGAACUCGAGGAGGAAGACGUUGCAGAUCCAUUGGAUCACGUUUCAGAUAUCGAAGAGGAGGGGGAGGAUCCCGGCAGUAGCAAACGUAUUCAUUUUUCCUCGACCGACGACGGGUACAUGUAUCUUGGUCGUGCCGGUAAAACUUCUGGCAGUAAUCGAUUCUCGAAGAUCCCCGUCGUUCGCUAUGAGGCGAAACGCCUCAAGGCGAUGAAUGUUCAGAAAAAUCGACCGAAGCAACUCAAGAAGGAACGAGCCUUUUUCAAACGUCAAUACGCUGUCGAUCGGUCCGGCAGCGCAGAUGACCCACAAUUCAUGGGGACCGAUCAGCCUGAGGCGGUUUUGGAGACGAAUCACAUCUCUCGUGCUGCGCUCAAAGUCAUUUCGCAACAGUUCGCUGAGAUGCUCACUGGGAUCUACGUCAACUUACACUACCGCAACGACUACGAACGCCGUGAGAAGGAGCGCGACAAAUUGGAGAAGGCUCUCUUCGAUGCGCUUCCUGAUGCUGAAAAACGGAAGAUGGCUGCAGAUCUCGCGAAAACGAUGUCGGCCGCGGGCCAAGAGAAAGCUUGGCUGUACCGUCAGGAAUUAUCUCGUGAUGCGCAUCUGGCACACGGAAACGAUGUCGUCACCCCGAGAAACGUCGAUUUUCUGGAGAAAGAGGGACUAGACUGUGAGGAUGCCGACACGGCUCAGGCUCAAGACGAGCCUAGUGGCGAGAUGGAGAUUGAGACUAGGAAAAAUUCGAGGCCACGAGUGCCACUAUCGAAGCCCUACAAUGCGAAGCGGAUCGGGGAGAUCGGGGAGUGGCAGCAUCAGCAAGUAAGUGUCUCUGAAAUCGUUCACCUGAUAUAUUCACCGUUGCUUCAGGGAUUCACUAUCCACAUUCGCCACACAUAUAUCAGCUUCAGCAGGAUCGAUGUCACCGCUGACUACUUGGAGAAAGCAGCAACACUGGAAUGUCUCAAAGAAGGAUCAGUCGAAUUCAAACAAACGAGGGAAUUUGAUCUUCUGUAUGCUCAUGACCGAUAUGAAGCUGGAAGAGCGAUAUGGGCAUUGCUUAGCUUCCUGCACGGCGAGGGAGAGGAAAAACCAGCGAUUGGUCGGUUGCAAACUGCUGCGAAACGCAACUUUGGCACGUACUUCCCUCUGAUGCAUAUGGAUGGAAAGCCUGGCGACCCAGGACUCGACUUGAAGGGCAGUGGAUCGAACGGGAGUAACCUUGAGCGCAUAGACGACCCAGAUCACGUGGCGAACGCAACAGACCCCGGUCCAAACAAGCUGAUCAAUGUCGGCAAUACCUGCUAUGCUAAUGCGUUGAUCCAAUCGCUUGCAGCCACCAUCACGCCCGAGCAGCUUGAUGAACUCGAGAAACUUGUCGCAGACAAUUAUGAAGCGACCUGGGCUCCAACUAAAUUUGUUCAAGCGCUUAAGGAUGUCAAUGGACCUCCCAAGACGGGACUAUCGCUGGAGCAUCUUGUUUGGACCCAAGAAGAGCUACAGAAAAUCAAAACAGAGGAGGCCGGCGAGCGGAAAACAGAAGCGGCCAGAAAGCUCAACGGGUUGCCACCUGCGACUAUCAGUGAACCAGAGCGCAAAUGGAGAGAGACCCGCACUCGCACUCGCGAAAAAUUGCGAAAAGAAACGUUGGACUUGGAACGUGGGAAACAAGAGGACCCGUUGCAGAUGCUGGAUGUGCUUCUAGGGACGGCCUUCGAUGUACCAGGGGCUGAGAUGAAGCUGCUGCAACUCGAUAUCAAGGAGGUUUUCACCUGCACUGGUGGUACAUGUUCGGGCCAGAAAGGAAAGGUUGAUCCAGAUUAUGUGCUGCGACUACAUCUCGACUUGGUCGAAAAGCCGUUGGAGGAACUCGUGAAAGCUGCAUUCGCCGCUCGGCCGCUGGAGUUGCUCAGUUAUGCAUGUCCUAUGCCCUCAAGGUGCUACACUGGUGUGACAGUACAACGCGAAAUCACAAAGCAUCCUGGUCCGCCGAUUCUAGCCGUCCAUCUCAAUCGGGCGCUCAAUAUACAUUACGGCAACAACCAAAUCACGGAUGGGGUUCCCCUUGCUAUCUUGCGGCAGAUCGUGGCCGACCGAACUGAGUUGGCCGCUGGACUUGCACAGGGCGAGCAUGAACUCGUACAAUUGAGGAACAAUCUGCGACCGAAGAUGAAGGUACAAUACGAGAAGGAUAAAGCCGCGGCCGCCUUCUUUGGGGCGGAUCUCUCUAAGCUUGAUGAUUCUAAAGAGAUGAAAGAUUUGCAAAAAGAGUACGCAGAUGCCAAAUCUCGCACGGUAGAUGCUUUGCGGAAUUCCAAGCCUCAAACUCCCCGGAAGACACAUGCUCCGGUCAACCUCUUCAAUGCUGACGGGACGACCGAGACCCUGGUAUUGCCCAUAACGUCUGCCACAGGAAACAGACGAGGCGACGUCUCGUACGAACUGUACGCGGUGGUCUGCCAUCGGGGAACGACGGUUGAUAGCGGACAUUAUGUUGCAUACGUGCGAAGAGACGACAUUUGGUUCAAAUGUGACGACGAUUUAAUUUCGAAGAUCGGCGACUCUACUGCUUUGCAAACAACUUUCAAUAUCGAUGCCGCUCAACAUGUGGCCUACCAAGACGACACGGGUGCCAACAAAGGAUAUUGGGAAGAAAAGGGCAAGGAUGGGGAGUCGGACCAACCGUACCUUUUGUUCUAUCGUCGCAUCGAGCCUGUCCCUGCGAUCUAGGGAGGGCAUGUCGAGCCAGCUACACUCUGCACCGUGUUAGUAGAUGACAAUACCAUGAACGCAAUGACCACGA